AUGACUGAUAAGUUGGAAUCUAAAAGUGAGAAGUGUUACUUUGUGGGAUAUCCUAAACAAACUAGAGGAUAUGAAUGCUACUGCCCUGGAGAUCACAAGGUGAUAAUCUCUAGGAAUGUGACGUUUCUUGAAGACAAUUAUGUCUUAAAGGAACAAGGUCACAACAUUAUAGAUCUUGAAGAAAUUCAAGAACCACAAGAUAACAUUGAGGAUGAGGUAUUGCCAAAUGGUUUGAACAAUAACUUAGUGGGAGUUUUUGAUGAUCUAUUGGGAGGGGCAAUUACUAUUAGAGGAGACCCUAGAGGGACUCUCGAAGAACCUCCUCAACACAAUGAGAUGCAUCAAAGACAAGAUGAUACAAUAGUUGCAUCACCUUUACCUCAAGAAGAUCAUAGUGAUAUUCCUGAACCUACUCACAUUCAGAAUGAACAGCCCGAGCCAAAAGAAAACCACUCAAUAGGCCUAGAAGGAUUCGUCGUCCACCUGAGACACUGA